AUGAUGUUCUCCCGACCGAUUCCGGCCACGGCGCCCAAUCUCAUUGAGACUAGCCAACUGCGCAGGAGAUAUUAUAGUGCACAAGUGUACGCGCAGACACAACGUGCACUCUCUAUUCCUGUCACUCUCAUACUCCGGUGGGACGACUGCUCGACACGACCAGUGAGAGUUAAGGCGCAGGACCGACGGCUUUACGUGCUCUCCGAGGCACGGGGG